CACCGGCCCAACCGGUCACCCUUCACCCCUCCCUCCCUCCCUCGUAUAAAAAACCCCUCCCUCCUCCUCCCCACUUUGUUUUUCGCCUCUCCCAAAUCAAAAUACCAGGAACUCUCAACUUUCAAAUUUCGAAGGAUUACAAGAUUAGGGGGGAGAGAGAGAGUCUGUGAGUUAAUUGCGAUGGCGGUGAGCAGAAAAGAUAUGGAUCGGAUCAAGGGUCCAUGGAGCCCCGAGGAGGACGACUCCCUGCAGAAGCUGGUGCAGAAGCACGGCCCCAGGAACUGGUCGCUGAUCAGCAAGUCCAUUCCCGGUCGGUCAGGGAAAUCGUGCCGGCUGCGGUGGUGUAACCAGCUGUCACCGCAGGUGGAGCACCGGGCUUUCACGCCUGAGGAGGACGACAUGAUCAUCCGGGCCCACGCUCGGUUUGGGAACAAGUGGGCCACCAUCGCCCGCCUCCUCAACGGCCGGACCGACAACGCUAUCAAGAACCACUGGAACUCCACCCUCAAGCGGAAGUGCUCAGACGGCGGCGGCGUCGACUUGAAUGGAGGGUACGAUGGUCAUUUUCUCCGUGACCACGAGCAGCCGCCGCUGAAGCGGUCGGUUAGUGCUGGGUCGGGCGUGCCCGUUUCAACCGGGCUUUACAUGAGCCCGGGUAGCCCGUCCGGGUCGGACGUGAGCGACUCCAGCGCGCAAGUCAUGUCUCUGUCCGACUGCCACGUGUACAGGCCCGUGGCAAGAACUGGCGGGGUGUUGCCUCCGGCAGAAACGACUUCGUCUUCCAACAACAACAGCAGUAACAGCGAGAAGAACGAUCCUCCGACUUCGCUGUCUCUGUCACUACCCGGGGUCGACCCGGAGGAGGUGUCGAACCAGGUUGCGGCUGCGAGCGAGUCCACCCAGGCUCCGGCUCCAGCUGCGGUCUCGACUACGUCGGUGGCGGUGCAGAAUAUUCCGGCGGAGUUGCUUGCGGUGAUGCAAGGGAUGAUAAGGAAGGAGGUGAGGAACUACAUGGCGGGGUUGGAGCAGAGCGGGGUUUGUUUUCAGCAGGCUGCUGCUGGCAAUGAGGGGUUUAGGAAUGUUGGGGUGAAGCGAAUUGGGUUUAGCAGAAUUGAGUGAGCGAGAGAAGUGCGGAUUAUUCCGGACAAGUUGGCAAUUUGGAUGAUCGAAGGGAGCUCAAUGCAAAAGAGUUAUGAGCUUUUUGGAGAGAAGAAGUGGUAGGCAGUGCAUGCCUGACCAUAAAAU